UUCCAACUCAACGGAUCGAUCGCAGAAGGGGCGAGGCUGGCCGGUCUUGGGGGGUCAAGGCAGCCGGCUGACUCUUUCCCCAGCCACACAUAACACACACACACAAAGUUGGGGGGGGGGAGAGAGAAUUCUCCACAACCCAACACGAAAAGAUGACCAAGGGAGUCUUCUUCCCGAUUCUCCUGGUCCAACUCUUGGUUCUUUACGUUGCAGAUUCUCAGCUCUCCGGGCCUCAGGGACCCUUCGCCAAGACGGCAAAAGUAGGAGAGACGAUCAAGUUGGAGUGCCAUCUCAGCUAUCCUGUGGAGUUGGUUACUAGCUAUUUCUGGUACAAACAGACUGUGGGUGAAGCCCCGGUAGCAAUAGACACCACCAACUGUAAGGGGUCCGAUUGUAAAUUUAUUUCAAAACAAGGUGACAGCGAGCGUGUGCUGCUAUUGGAAAUCCGUAAUGUCCAGGUCAAUGACUCUGGGACCUACUACUGUGCUGAUAGGGAUGGCUAUGCUCCUCUCCAGCGGGGACCCAGACUGCUUGUUGGAGACAGUUCCACUGACAAGACGUCCGUCCUCGUCUUCCUCCCGCCGUCUGUGUCUGCCCAGAUGGACGCCGUCCCCUUGGUGUGUCUAGUCAGCGGGGUCUCUUCCAACGAGAUUGUCAUUUUCUGGAAUAUUUCCGGCGAGGUGACCCAAGGGGCGAGCGAUGUCGGGAAGCGGGAGCCAGACGGCAACUGGAACAUCACGAGUCAGGUCAUGGUGACCAGGGAACUGUGGACAAGCGGCGCUCUGUGUUCUUGUGUCGUUCAACUGGGAGAGAAAGUCCUGACAAAGAGUGUGUCCUUCACUGAACCGGCAGCAGCAAAGGCAGAAUGGUGUAACCAGGCGUUCCCUUAUGUUACCGCAGCCUCGGCGGUGGUGGCUUUCCUGAUGAUCCUUCUGAUCAUUUGGAUUUGCAGAAGAGGCAGAUCAGGGAAAGGAGGGAGAACCCAGGGGGAAAAUUUUCGCUUGACAGAGAUGUCGCAAAACGGGAGAAAGGGCCAGCGACCAUCCGGAAAGAGCCAUCAAACAGAGGCAAGGCCGGCACAUCCAGACAGGGUCCAGACUCCCGGUGGGCCUCUGUACGCCUCCUUGGAAUUUGCUGCACUGGAGAAGAGGAAAAAAAAGAAGGGAGGGCGCCAAUGAAAAUCUGGGAUUCUAUCCGGGUGGGAGUCGGGAUUUGCAAUGGAAGCCACAGCCCUGUGGAAAUCAGCCUGGAGCCCAUGAAAUGUCCAGCCAGUACUGAAGCUCCCCCUUCACCUUUACUAGUGUCUCACGGAGACCUGUUGAGGUCAGAGAUUGUUGGCUUAAUUCUCAAAGCAAUCUUUAAGGACACAACAAGACAGACUUUCUCCUUUCAGUUACUAUCAACCUGUUUCAGCCUUUUAUUGUCCCAGCAGGUCCUCUAACUGCAGUUGCUUUUGCAAAAUGCAUCUGUAAAUAAAAUAAGUUAUUCUCUGAUAAGAAGGAAGCUCCAGAGCUCGGUCACUUGUAUAUAAUUCUUCAGUGUGUUAUUGUCAUCGCUGGCUGGGCCAGUAUUUAUUGCCCAUUCCCAAGUUUCUAGCAGGCUAUUAAGAGCCAAACCCAUUGCUGUAGAUGCAGCAGAUUAGAGCUGAAAAUGUGUUGCUGGAAAAGCGCAGCAGGUCAGGCAGCAUGAGGAGAUGACCUGGGGUGUGCAGUGAGAGAGGGACUCACUGAAAUCCUUGGAGAGGGAGGAAGAGAACUUCUUCAAGGAAGGCAUCCUUGCAAGAAGAUUCGCAGGAGGUUAAAAUCUGCCUGACCUGCUGCGCUUUUCCAGCAACACAUUUUUCAGCUCUGAUCUCCAGCAUCUGCAGUCCUCACUUUCUCCAUGCAGUAGAUUAGAGUCGAGAUUAGAGUGGGGCUGGAAAAGCACAGCAGGUCAGGCAGCAUCCGAGGGGCAGGAAAAUCGACAUUUCGGGCAAAAGCCCUUCCUGUUCCUCAGAUGCUGUCUAACCUGCUGUGCUUUUCCAGCACCACUCUAACCUUGGACCCCAUUGCUGUGAGUCUGGAAUCGAAUGUUGGCAGAUUUUCUUCCCUGAAGGAUGUUGAGGGAAUACUUUCAAAUAAACCUGUUACACUAUAACCUGUUGUCCUGUUAUUAUUAGCUAAAAGACAUUAGCAGGGUUUUUUUUAUGACAAAUGUGGUCACCAAUUUAAAAAUCCAGUGAUUUUUUAAAAAAAAUUGAAUCCACAUCUGCUGUGAUGAGAUUCGAUCCCGCAUCUCCCGCACAAAAUCAGACCAGACUCGAAACGUUAACUCAGUUUCUCUCCCCACAAAUGCUGCCACAUCUGUUGAGUUGCUCCAGCUAAUUCUGUUUCCAAAUUGUACAGAAAUGCAAAGUGUGGUCAAUUUUGCGUCAACUCAAAACAUGUUCAGGCUGCUACAGCAGGAGAGCUUUUGCAUUGAUGUAGAGGGGGGAAGGAAUAAAGUUCAAAGCCUCUGCCUUGAUUAAAGUGUAAAAAAAAUGUCACGCAGCACCAGGUUAUAGUCCAACAGGUUUAUCUGGGAGCACUUGGUGCCUGGCCUGCUGUGCUUUGACCAGCAACACAUUUGCAGCCACCCCAGUCUUCAUGAAAGUGGUACAAUGCCACCCUCUCGUGGUGGAAUGGGGAAAUUGCAUGAGAGAUUUAAUAAGAGGGAGUGAAGCAUCUCCCAGCUUCCAUCAAGUAACAGUUGGAGAUGCUUUGGAGAUGCCAAGGUUGGACUGGGGUGCGUAAAGAUAAAAAUCACACAACACCAGGUUAUAGUCCAACAGCACUAGCUUUCGGGAUCCUGCUCCUUCACCUGAUGCAGGAGCAGUGCUCCAAAAGCUAGUGCUUCCAAGUAAAUCUGUUCAAGUAACAGUGGGAUCCGCACAGACACAGGUUCAUUUUUUUUUUAAAAAAUGGACUGGUAAAUGCUUUGAUAAAGU